GGCGCGCACGGAUAAAUUGGGCUAUGAUUUGAUUUUCUGCUGGUUUUGUUUCUCAUUGAAACUUGAACACGCUCCGACAUGAAAUCUGCAUCACUGAAAUAGAUCGUCACACUCGUCAUCUGGAUUUAUUUUAGAAGUGCUGAUUUAUGACUCUUGACGGCUGACAGGUUUGUGGUUAGACGACGUUACCCACUUCUGCUCUCCCAGAAGUCGAGUUUCAGUCGCUUUUAUCGCUCGGACAUAUUUGCAGAAGACGCUUUGUUUAAAGAUGAUUUUGCGUGGCGGUCGUACUGAGAGUGCGGUCUGGAAGAAGUUGCUCGGUGUGGGGCUGCUCGUGCUCACGACGCUCACAGUGAGGUGUGAAGGGGGAAAGAUGAAACUCGAGGACACAUUGAGAACUUGCUACAGACUGACGGAUGUGGCGGAGAGUCUGCGCCUUCGUGUGGACUCGGUAGUUGGAGCCCACACGACCGAAAAGUGCUUGAUGGUCUUGGACAUGGCGCUGCAGUUUGUAGCAGAAGGUGCUGCUGGUGGCCUGAACGUCAUCACUGUUUACGUGGCUGAGAUUCUGCGCGCCACUGGAGUAGGCGAUCCCGUGUCCAUUCCUCACUUCACCCCUGAGGGCAUGGCCGUUGCAGCAAAGUGGAUGUUACUGGCGUUGAUUAGUUACUGGCUGCUGUGCGCGGUGUUGCGUUUAACUGUAGCAUUGUUACGGCGGGGGUUCUGGAUGCUGAAGAUCAUCGUGCUCGUGUUUUUCUUCAUUCGGAUCAUCAGUGAUCCAAAGUCGUCCUCUGAAAUCACGCUUAUGCGUUUGUUCCUGCUGGUGAUGUUCACGGCUGUGUGGAGCGUAGCCACUGGGAGGAAGAGCGGGACAGACCUGACCAGCCUGGAGAGUCGAUUGGCGAGACUGGAGGACAAAGUGGCCGUGAUGGAGAAGUGUAAAAACGGAGUAACGAGAGACUAAAUAAAGGGAUGUGUUUAGAUGCGAUGGAGAGAUGGAAGAAAGGAGGAGGAGAAUGAUCGAGAAUUAAAUGAACGUUGUAGAUUAUAUAAUCACGAUAAAUCGCUUUCCGGGGUUACUUUGUAAAAUCUAUAUAAUUGAUUUCUGUUUUUUUUCAACUCGUAAGGUUAAUUUCUUUGUUUUCUAAGUAUUUUGAAGUCAUAAUGUGUAAUGAAACUCUUCACAGGUGUGCUUAAAAUGGACUCCUUCUUCUGACUGUGGUGUUUAAUCAUUCAGUAAAAGCUAAUUUACUCA